AACUGAAACUAACCACCCCUCCAUUACAUAAUCAUCAUAAUAAUAAUAACAUGUCUUUGCGCCAUAUUCACACUUGCUGUUGGUGUUGGAUUUAGAGAGAGAGAGAGAGAGAGAGAGCGAGGAAACACGGGCAAAGUAGUGAAGAUAAAGUGAAUUUAGAACUCUUGGAAAAAGGCAGAUAAUUUAUUACAAACCGAUUCAUUUCCGAUUCAAGUAUGGAGGAGAACUCAAGAUCUUUUAGUGAUCUUCUCGCCAAAUCGAACCAAAUGAAACCUAUCAGACCAGAUAAUGAGCUUGUCGAACUUCUAUGGCAUAACGGACAAAUUGUUUUGCAUAAUCAAACUCAUCGGAAAUCGCCGCCGCCGUGCAUCGAUUUCAGGCAAUCUCAAAAUCCCAAAUCGGUACUAAAAUCGGAGAUAACGAAUGUAAAUGCGAACAACUUAGCGCAAGAAGAUGAAACAAUGUCAUGGUUCCAAUACCCGAUCGAUGAUCCGUUAGAAAGAGAUUUCUACACCGAGUUCUUCGAAUUGCCAAACGGCGGUUUCAACGAUAAUUCGUUAGGUAAAGAAAAAUGUGCAGAAACAGAGAAUGAAUCAAAUGCAGUUAAUUUAGGAAGCGGAGUUCAAGUAGGAGGAGGAGGAGAGUGCUCUUCGAUUAUGACAAUAGGCUCGAGUAUUUGUGGGAGCAACCAAGUUCCAACGCAAGUCGAGGGAAGCAAUUUGCAUCAUCUUAAUACGGCUAAGUUACCUAUUGAGGGGAAUAAUUAUAAUUCAAGCACACAUGAAGCUACUGCUACUUCAUCUUCAGGAGGAUCCGGUUGUAGUAUCGGAAUAACUCAACAACAAAGCAUAAGCAAUCAGGGAACGAAAAGAAAGGAAAGAAGUACCGAGGAAUCGGAAAGCCAGAGUGAGGAGGCCGAGCAAGAGUCUAUCGAAGCGAAUGAGCCAACGAAGCAGUCUGCGUCUCGUAGAAGCCGCGCGGCAGAAGUUCAUAACCUCUCAGAGAGGAGGAGAAGGGACCGAAUUAACAAGAAAAUGAAGGCACUGCAGGAGCUCAUACCUAAUUGUAACAAGACCGACAAAGCAUCAAUGUUAGAUGAGGCUAUUGGAUACUUGAAAUCUCUUCAACUUCAGGUUCAGAUGAUGUGGAUGGGUAGCGGAAUGGCGCAAAUGAUGUUCCCCGGUGUCCAUCAAUUCAUGUCGCACGCCACCAUGGGUAUGAACCCUGCUUCCAUGCCUUCAAUGCAUUACCCAGUUCAGAUGCCAACUGUACCGUUUUGUAGUUCCGAAAGUUUUCCGAAUCAAAUGCAAAAUAUUAACUUCCCAGGUCUCAAUAGCAUGCAGGUACUACCAUCCCAGGUGACAAAUUUUUGUGUUAAUGGAGCUUGCUCGUUGCAGUCGAAUCAGAUAUCGGUGCUACCUAGUUAUAACCUCUCACAUGCUAUUGGAGAAUUUCCUACUGAAAAUGUUCGAGAUGAUAAAUCUAGUGAGAGGAAAAACUAAUGGUUUUAUAUGAUGUUUUUUGCUGAUUUUUUUUUUUUAAAAGUAAAGUGUAAGCCUGUAUUUAUGUAAGUAGAACGAAUUGUCGGAAUAAAUGAGCAUUAUUAUCUA